AUGAAGUGCAAUCAGGUAAGGUUGAACUGUGGCACAACCAUACCCGUAGUUGGUUUUGGCACUUAUUCUUGGCAAAAUGAUAGAGACAAAACAGAAGAAGCAAUCCAAAUGGCUCUCAAGGUGGGUUACAGGCAUUUUGAUACAGCAAAAAUAUAUGGCUCUGAGCCAGCAGUGGGAAAUGCUUUAGGAGAAGCAAUCCUUGAUGGGGUGGUGGAGAGAGAGGACAUUUUUGUCACUUCAAAACUGUGGGGAAGUGAUCAUCAUGAUCCUGUUUCUGGACUCAAACAAACUUUACAGAACUUGGGGAUGGAAUAUGUGGACAUGUACUUGGUGCACUGGCCGGUGAAGCUGAAGCCUUGGGCUGUUAAUCCUGUGCCCAAUGAAGAUGACUUCCAAAAAUUGGAUUUGGAGACCACAUGGUCUGGGAUGGAGAAAUGCUUGGAUUUGGGCUUGUGUAGAGGCAUUGGUGUAAGCAAUUUCUCAUCUAGAAAGAUCCAACGGCUCUUAGAUUUUGCUUCUGUCGCACCAGCUGUCAAUCAGGUGGAAAUGCAUCCAACGUGGAGGCAGACAAAGCUAAGAGAGUUCUGUGGGGACCACAAUAUCCAUGUAAGUGCAUAUUCACCACUUGGUGGGCCAGGGAAUUCUUGGGGAUCAACGGCUGUGGUGGACAACCCAAUCAUCCAAGCCAUUGCUCUCAAGCACAACGCAACCCCAGCUCAGGCUGCAUUAAGAUGGGGAUUGUCCAAGGGAGCAAGUGUGAUAGUGAAGAGCUUCAACGAAGAGAGAAUGAAGGAAAACAUGAGAGCCCUUGAUUUGAGAUUGGACGACCAUGAUUUACGCAAUAUCGAAAAGAUGGAGGAGUGGAAGAUAAUGAGAGGAGACUUCCUUGUAAAUGAAACAACAAGCCCAUACAAGAGCCUUGAAGAGCUAUGGGAUGAUGAAAUUUGA